CCCAACUCUCGUUGCACCUCGAACUCCGCCUCGGAGUUUCAGAUAUAUCAGGUGCAUAAGUAUAUGGUUGAAUAUACUUAUAAGUAGUCGGGAAGUCGAGAGUCGAGUGACAUAUUCUUGCUUACGUAAUGAAAUAUUUUCGCGAGCCUAAGUUGUGUUUGUAGAUAGAUGCAAGUACCCAUGUGUAUACAUAUAAACGCAUGUAGGAAAGCCUUAAUUCUCUGUUCUCCCGAUCCCCUUGGUCAGCUCAUCACGCGAGCUUCGCUUCGGGCCACGGCUAUAUGCUUCUUGGCUGGCAAGUCGAGCUUGUUGGCUGUCUCGGGUCUCGAGCCAGAAAUAAAAUAAGCACACACGCGUUCACUUGUUAGCUCCGAUAUCUGUGGCUGGUGUUCUCAGUGCAUGCUGCAUGUCCAUAAGUACAGGCUUCGUCCAGUGACCCGAUUCGCGUCAUCCGCUCUCUCUACCCUGUGUCUCUCGCCCCAAUCUUUAAUUAAAUUUUUUUUUUUCCUCACCUAUACUCCCCCUCAUCGCCUCUUUUUAUUGUGCUCGUCCUCGCGCGCGCUUGUGUGUGUGUGCGUGUAUGUGUACAUCAACCAUCAGUUAUCAGCAUCACUCUCUGCGUUAUCUCUCUCAGCUGUUGGUGCUGCUGCAGAGUGCAAGGUGUUUGGAGAGGGGCUGCAGGAGCCUGAGCGUGUCCUGGGCGUCGGGCGCGCAAAUUAUGUCAAGAGGCAGCAACCAUGGAAAACUUCAAUUGGGAUCCCGCUCUUUCAAAAGUAUUAAGUGCCUUGGACGCACACAGGGCGUCUGCACCGACUUUCACCUCGGACGACGAGUUCGGCUUUCUGAGCGAUCUCUUGCGGUCAAAGGAGCUGAACGCCCUGGUGCAUGUGUACAACAAGAUCCAAAAGAAUCUCAAAGAUGACAAAUUCUCGCCUGUUCUCUCUAAUGCCAUGGAAAUCAAUGUCGAGGUCUUGUCGCUUUUGGCUAACAAGACCCAAGUGUCGGAUGAAUUCAAAGAACUUUUUCUGUUGCUCCAGAAGCCUCAUGUUCAAGCACUUUUAAUAUCGCAUGACACUGUAGCUCAAAAAGAUUACUAUCCGAGACUUCCUGAUAUUCCAGUAGAGAUGGACGAAGACGAGGAAACCGUGAAAAUUGUGCAACUAGUCAAGUCUGACGAACCAUUGUCUGGUGCUGGCAUUGAACCAAUAAUGGGAGCAACGAUAAAGACUGACGAGCAAAGUGGUAAGAUCGUGAUAGCUCGGGUGAUGCACGGCGGGGCGGCGGAUCGUUCCGGUCUCAUAAACGUCGGCGAUGAGAUCCACGAGGUGAACGGGAUCAGCGUCGAGGGCAAGACACCGAACGACGUCCUAAAAAUCCUGCAAAGCUCGGAGGGCACCAUAACUUUCAAAAUCGUACCUGCGGAGAGUAAAAACAUAUUCCGGGAGAGCAAGGUCAGAGUACGCGCGCACUUCACAUACAAGGCGUCCAUUGAUCCCGAGACACCGUGCACGGAAGCUGGCCUGGACUUUGACAGGGGCGACGUUCUACACAUCGUGUGCCAGGACGACCCUCACUGGUGGCAGGCGAGAAAGGAGGGCGACCGCAACAUGAGAGCGGGUCUGAUACCCUCCCGGGCGCUGCAGGAGCAUCGGGUCAUCAUGCAGCGCCAGCAGCGCGACAAGUCCGAAGACGACAGUAUAAGCUUGUGUUCUGUUCCAGUGCCUAUGCCCACGUUGUGCCCCCGUCCCCGUACUACCAGUACUUGUAUGCACGAAUCGCCCACAAAAUGCAGUUUGCAGGGCAUUAAAACUAAAAAAAUCAUGUAUGACGCUACAGAGAACGACGACUUUGAUCGCGAAGAGAUAGCCACGUACGAGGAGGUGGCCAAGCUAUACCCGCGUCCGGGUCUCUAUCGGCCCGUCGUACUCAUCGGGCCACCCGGGGUCGGCAGGAACGAGCUCAAACGCAGACUCAUGGCCACCAAUCCCGACAAGUACAGGACUCCCGUGCCCUACACCUCGAGGCCCCCGAGACCCGGCGAAGUCGACGGCAAGGAGUAUUUUUUCGUGUCGCGCGACCAGAUGGACGAGGACAUAAACUCGGGCAAGUUCAUCGAGUACGGCGAGUACAAGGGCAACCUGUACGGCACCAGCGCCGAGAGCGUGAGUUCCCUGGUAGACGCCGGCUACGUCUGCAUACUCAGUCCGCACUACCAGGCCCUCAAGAUGCUCAGGACGCCCAAGCUCAAGCCCUACAUCGUGUACAUCAAGCCGCCGCGUUUCGAGAUAUUCAAGGAGACGAGGAACGACUCGAGGGCGAGAUCGACCUUCGACGAGAGCAAUUCUCGGGGUUUCACCGACGAGGAGUUCGAGGAGAUCCUCCACAGCGCAGCGAGAAUCGAGUUCCUCUAUUCGCACUUGUUCGACGAGACGAUCGUCAACGCCGACUUGCCGAUCGCCUUCGAGCACCUGCUCGCCACGAUACACAAGCUCGAGACCGAGCCCCUCUGGGUUCCUGCCUGUUGGGUCUAGAUCGUCCCGUCGAACGGCACCUUGCAACAACUCGUCGACGCGCUUAUCAAUAUAUGUAUGUUUGUCACCACUACGUGGAUCCUCCCCUUCGUUCGUCCACGUACAUUCAUUCGUCAAAAUGGAGUAUUCGGACUCGGGUGUUCGCGAAUGUUUACGUGCAACACGCGAUCGGUGUGAGCCUGACGAUCGAGGUAACGAUGCAUACCUGUACCUUAACAUUAUCAUACCUUAUCGAGAAAAAUGCUACUGGUGUUUGAGGCAGUUAAUAACUGUUGAGUCUUUGAUCAUCGGUGAUUGUUACGAUAGUCAUACUUAGCAGUAGUUUAUAACAUAGGUAUAUCCAAAAGUAAAGUAAUUGUGCGUCAAUACUCCGAUUUUGCGGUUUCAAUAUCAAAUAUCUUGAUGCACAUCUAAAACAAUAACACAUCGUUCAAAGUCUUUAUGCAAAAUGAAUAUUGCUUCAAAUACUUUUUUUUUUUUACCUCAAUUAGUCAUGCUUGCGAUCGACUAUUUUUUUUUUUCACAUACAAUAGUAUAUAGAUUAGCUGAAUUGUAAUGUUUGAUACUAUCGAUUUAUUCCAAAAUAUCGACGGCGGUUCAGUGGCUUAAUUCGUAACGAAAGCGUUUGACACUUGCGAGCGCUUCUAGACGCGUGCGUGAAAGUAAAAAUUAUAGCUUUGCGAUUUCGACCUUCGACUUGUUGGCAGUUCCCUCUACGGAGUAGCGUUUCACGCCGUCUACUGAAAUAAAGCUAAUUAGAAAUUGUCAGGCUUAUUGCGCCGAUUUAUACGUAUACGUGCACGUACGCGUACGCGGGAAUAGUCGCGCGACUUUAUUAAUAACUUUUUGCCGUCUUUUACCGACAGUCCAAAACGUAUAACUUUGAAAUAACAAGGUAUCUAUUAAAGCACGUCUCGAUGAGUCUAGGAAAUCUUUCGUGUACUGUGCGUUUUCCUGAUGAAUCUCUUAGCAAAGUAACAUGGUAGAGAUAAAUCUUUCAAACUACUGCUUGAACAAAAAUUGUAGUAACGAGUGUGUUUUCGAGUGCAAGAGAUUAAUAGCACUUUAUUGAGAGACAUGGGUAUCAUAUAAAACACACGGUUGUACCAGUAGUAUUUUUCGCUGAAAGAAACUUAAAGACGAAGAAUAAUAUAUAUAUCUAUUUUCCACCUCUAUAAUUUUUAAUACCGACUCGACGUUGUUGUGACUAUGGAGAUUUUUUUAUGUCGUCGUUGAAUCAUAAACCAGAGAAAAUUUUAAUGUAUAGUAAAAAAAAAAAAUGUAGAGAGGUAAAGGGAGAUUCUGUGAGAGACCACGUGACUUUCUUCGACAACACGACUCAAGACGUUUAUGUGUUUCGAACAUUAUGUAAAUGAAGAGAUGCACUCGCGGACGCAUCAUACCUGCCUUCCUCGUGUUUAAAAAACAACAAAAAAAAAAAAAAAAAAAAAAAAAA